GAAUGAGAAUUACAUUGUUGAAUAUUCAUUGAAUGAGGAGUAUUUGAUUUUGUCGCCUAUUGUCCGAAAUCGGUCUGGCAUUCCUGUAAUGAUAGUAACCCUAGAUCUUACUCAUAACAAGUGUUAUGGUGAUUCACUGAGUCAGUUUUACUUGAAGUAUUUCCUUGACUACGAUCACUUCAUAUUGUGGUUUGUUAACUCAAUUUCUGGAAACAAAGGAUUUAUAAGAUAUGUAAUUUCGGGGGAAAAUUACAAUUUGGGCAAUAUUUCAAUGUAUAGAACGAGGUAUUUAGUAUCAUUCUUAAUAAUGCUUGUAUUUGUGAGUAUAAAAUGAUUGUUUAUUAUGUAUAGCAUAACAAAAGAACUCUUAUUUUAAACAGUAAUUUCACGAAGGUGUCAGUGUUUAUUUCAGACCUUCUAUCCCGGGGGGGUAUCGUAAAUUUUCAAUUUUAAUAUGUCUUAGAAGUAAAUAAUUAAGAGAAGUAAAAAUAUUAUUUUAAGCUCAAUUUAUUGGUAUCAGAUUGAUACUUAAUAAUUUAAGUUAUUAAGGUAUUAUUUUUUUUCUAAGAAUACAUAAUUUAUUAAUAAUCUAAUUU